AUGUCACUAAAUGAUUUCUUAGCCAAAGCAUAUGGCUCAAAAAGUGGUGAUAAGAAAUCGAAAAAAGCGAAGGCCAAGAACAAGAAACUGUCAUCUCCAGGAAAGCCUGAUAGCGACUCGAUAAUCUCCACUAGCAGCAUCGAUAUAGUGGAUAAUAGCAGCAAGAUUGUAGAUACUAAUAAAAAAGAUAUUACAUCGGGGCAAUCAGGAGAGGUUCUUUGGAAAAACCUUGAAACGAAACAAUUGGAACCUCUGAAGCUAACUCCCUCAGAUGAUGCCAAUGUAGAAUUGAACAAAAAAGAACAAAUGUCCUCAGGGGCUUUUGCAGGUCUACAUACAGCUGAGGAAAUAGAAAAGCAAAUAGCGAAUAAGGAACAAUUAGAUAUUAAAGAAGCAGGUAUCUUGACAGGAAAUCAGACUACCACUUACAGAGAUGAGAAGGGUAAAAUCAUUCACGGGUACGAGAAAAAGAUGGAAGAGAAAAGAGAUAUGGAAAACUUAGCCAAAGUACGACGUGAGGAGGAAAUAAAGAUUAGGAAUAUGGGAGAAGUACAAUUAUCAAAUAUCAACGAGAAGAAGUCGAAAGAUACUUCUCUAUUAAUUGAAGACCCUUUAUUAUUAUCCAAUAGUUCUAAAAAAACACCAACGUCGUUACUAGGAAGGAAACUUUAUGAUAAAAGGUACCCUGAAAAUAGGUUUGGUAUUGCCCCUGGUUAUAGAUGGGAUGGUGUAGAUAGAUCUAAUGGGUUUGAGGCUAAGUGGUUCAAGAAAAGUAAUGAAAUAACUGAGGCAAAGUUAAAGGAACGAUCAUCAAAUCGUGAUUUUUAG